GGAAAUGAAAGAACCGGUUCGAUCGACCUGGUACGGUCCGGUUCAUUAACUAUACCGAUUCCCGAACAUCUUAAUUGGGGUUGAUCUACAAAGGGACGUUAAUGAUGCGUUUGGAAGCAUAUAAAUACUAAUAUAUUUCAACAGCUCUGAUUGGGAAGUCAAAAAGUUUCAGAUUGGAAUUCACAGUUCCAAUCUCCGGCCCCCUUUUUGUUUUUUGUUUUUGUCAAACGUUCAUUCUACGCUCUCUUUCUCCCUCUCUCUCUCUGUUGAGAGCCAUGAGUCUCUUCGGUCUGGGCAGGAAUCAAAGGACAUUUCGCCCGAAAAAGAGUGCACCAUCAGGGAGUAAGGGGGCCCAGCUAAGAAAGCACAUCGAUGCAACAUUAGGUAGUGGAAAUCUGAGAGAAGCAGUAAGACUUCCUCCUGGGGAGGAUCUUAAUGAGUGGCUUGCUGUCAACACUGUGGACUUCUUCAACCAGGUGAAUUUGCUUUAUGGUACCCUCACUGAGUUCUGCACUCCAGAAAACUGUCCUACAAUGACCGCAGGUCCCAAGUACGAGUACCGAUGGGCAGAUGGAGUGCAAAUCAAGAAACCAAUUGAAGUUUCAGCUCCAAAAUAUGUCGAAUAUCUGAUGGACUGGAUUGAAACUCAAUUAGAUGAUGAAUCCAUAUUUCCUCAAAGGCUAGGUGCCCCUUUUCCUACCAACUUCAGGGAAGUCGUGAAAACUAUAUUCAAACGCUUGUUCCGUGUUUAUGCUCACAUUUACCACUCGCACUUCCAGAAGAUUGUAAGCCUCAAAGAGGAGGCCCAUCUAAAUACCUGCUUCAAGCAUUUCAUACUCUUUACAUGUGAAUUUGGGCUGAUUGACAAGAAGGAACUGGCUCCACUUCAAGAGCUUAUAGAAUCCAUUGUUGUCCCUUACUAAACUGGCUGUGCAAGUCCCGAUUUCAAUCUACUGAAAUCAACUAUCUAUUCUAGAAUGUAACAAAAAUUACUAAUGUUUAAUAGUUAUUGCCUAUAUAAUAUGUUUGAGAUUAA